AUGAUCAAUCAUAAUUCAAGAGGGCUAGUGGGGGAUUUGGUAGAUGCGGGUGUAUAUGAAGAGGAUUUUGAGUUGGUUUGGGCAAAUAAGAGAGAUGAAGAUGCACAUGAUAACGAACCUUCUAUUCAAACUCCUCCGAGUCCUCCAAGUCCUCCCAACCCUCCAGCGAAUCCAGAGCCAGAACUACAAUCCACAAGUACUAGUGAUUCGACAAGUACUACAGCGAAAAUGACAACAGAAACAUCAACGAGCAUCGCAACAGCGAGCGCAACACCUACUGCUACACUAAUAUUACAAACCGCUGCAUCUGUUAGCUCUCCAUCAACGCUUUCCAUUUCAACGUCAGCUUCAUCCUCCGAACCUAGUAGUACAUCUAUCACUUCCGUGUAUACACCCACAUCCUCAAAGUCAAGUCCCGAGACAACAAUAACAAGCACAACAACAAGCAUGUUGAACGCAACCGCUUUGACUGCACACAACCCUACGAUAUCCCCACUUUCAAAUGAUCCAGACACGACGAAAGAACAUCAACAUACAUCCUCAGCUCUGGCAGUAACAGUUAGUGUUACAGUUAUUGUCAGUUUAUUGGUACUAGCUGUUAUGUCAUUCUUAGUUAGGAGAAGAAUUUUAAGGCAAAGGAAGAGAGGUAAUGUGUUGAAAGACAUAGGAGAGAAACCGAAUCCGGGAAUGGAAGCUUGGGCUGGUGUAAUCCCCAGGGCUAAGGGGAAUGGAAUGAGAAACUCAGUAUUUUCUGGCAUUCGGUCGAAUGGGAUUCGAAACUCGAUAUUUCCUCAGGCACCUCGUCCCGCAUUAAUCAGAAAUUCUUCGGUCUCAACAGCAGGAACCGCGAGGGACUUGGACAGAUACGAAAAGGAAACAGGAGAAGGAACUGUAAGAGCGCCUUCAACUAUGAGCUUGGAUUGGGGAGAUGGAGUAUCGAUUCAUUCAUUGGAAACCACUGAUAGCGAACAGCCUCAAGGGUUGGGAGUUAGACCACAACGAAAAAUGUCUCUCAUUCAGGAUUCAGAGGAAAACGAUAUCGAGAGUGGGGAUGGGAGUCAGGGAAUAUUGAGCUAUUAUGCCAAUAUGAAAUAUCAUCGUAAUCCUUUUGCGGAUCCGGAGCCGAAUCUGAAUAUGGAUACCUCCUUUUCAUCGAUUCAACUACCGAAUUUUGAAUUCGAUACAUGGGGCGACGAUACGAAUCGACUUUCGAGAAUUAAUCCUCAAUCGCCUGGAGAUUUGACGAGAGAUAAUUCGAGGAAGAACACGUUGAGUUCAUUAAGGCCCACGAGUUUCUUGAGCGAAACAGAUACUUUGGAAAGUCAAAAAGCGAUGGCAAGAGCUAGUUUUGGAGGAGCGCUUGGGCAUCUAGGUACGGCAAGAUGGUCGAAUCCCUUCUCGGCAAAGGAAAAGAGGGGGACAAGGGGAUAUGAGGAGAUGGGAGAGUUGGAGAGAGAGGAGAGGGGUGAGGGAAAGUGGAAGGAUAAGCUGAGUUGGGUCAAGGGACAGGUGGAUAGGGUUAAAAAUUAG